AUGUCUAAACGCGCCCGAUCCGACGAUGAUGAUGAACCUGGCUCGAAGCAGCUCAGGGUUGAAGAAGGCAAUCAGACAUUACCGGCACUAUGUGAUCGACAUGCAUGGGGAAUUCUUCGUCAGUUCCUCACCACCAAUAUGACGAUGCCUGAGAUGGACGAUGCUCUUGCAUCAUACCUCGGUGAUAGAUACUUUGCCGAUGAUUGGGUAGAACCCCGACGUGCAUUGGUCUCCGGUGAAGGAGAUGACGGCGAAUCCUUGGCCAACCUCGACCGACUCAUGGCCAAGCACGUAACCCCUACGGCCCCCUCUCCUCCACCCAAAGACUCUUCCGCGUCCGUAUCUACAUCGAGGGCGGCCGGCCGCUUGUCGAGCUCACGCAGAGGGCGAUCCCAUGGGCCACCUAAAUCUACUCGUAAUCCAUAUAUCAUCGUUGAGGCUUCUGAAGACGAAGAUGAGAAUGAUGAGGAGGAGGAGGACGAUGAAGACGAGGGUAGGCGGUCGGAACAGUCGCAGAAAGUCAUGCGCUCGUUAGGACCGUCGGCGAAAGAGAGGUUGGCCAAAAAAAUCGAUGAUUUGGCCAAUAGGUUCGAAGAGAAUCUGGGCAACUCGUCACAAGGUCGCCGUGCUCUCGCUUCCAGAGCGACCUCAAUCCCGUUAUCUGCACUUAAAGCUUUGGCACCCCAAAGCAGGAUGUAUCUACUUCAUAUUCAAAGAACUGCUACAGAAUAUAUCGCCGAACACCUUCGGAGCCAGACUUUUCCCGUUACCGUAUCGGCUUGGGUAGCAGGCCAACUUUACGUAGUCGCAGAUAGCCCCAAGACGAUCUGUGACUCACUUCCCACCUCGCACAGCCUUUCCGUAAAGCAAUGUCUUCGCAUCACGGAUGCAGAACGUGAAGCUGUCGAAGGUUCACUGUUCCAACUUCCUGGCCCAGCUUGGGUGAAGGUCAAACACGGCCCGCACAGGGGCUACAUAGGCAGAGUGGAAUCCCAGACAGAGAGUUCUGUCAAGGUCUUGAUUCCUCCAUCGCGCUUUCCCUAUCCAAUGCCUCGGGGAACUCGAGCGCUGCUCGAACGAUCUCGCCUCCCGACCGAUAAGAUCGUUUCCGAUAUCGUUCGUGACAACGAAGUAGUAGGAUGGACAUACGAAGGACAAAGCUAUUUCAUGGGUCUCCUACUGAAAGACUUCCUUCGCGAUAACCUCGAACUUCUUGCCUCCCCUCAUAUCGACGAUAUUCGGCUCCAUCUCGAAUCCGGAUGGGAUAAACCAUUCCUGAAGAAAACUGUGGUGUCGUUUUCGAUGCAAUUUUUGCGCACGGGUGAUUGGGCCAGGGUCAUCGGAGGUUCUCUUCGUGGAGAGUUAGGUCAGGUCAUCUCGAUGGACCAUGCAGCUGGUUCCGCGAGCUUGGAUUUUACCUUCGAUGGACGUCCAGAACAAAUAGAGGUUUGCCUCGAAGACAUAGAGCGCGUAUUUCGGGUCGGCGACACCGUCAAAGUUGUAGCUGGUCCGUACUUGGGAUUAGAAGGGCACGUCAUUCAAAUGCGACAGGAUAUAUUUGACAUUUGUCAAGAUAUCACCAACGAACAGGUGGAAGUUUCUAAGUACUACUUGGAUCGGCGUCCCUUGAAUCACACCGUGCACUCGCAACUACCAAUGCAACAAUAUCUCGAGCCUCCCGCCGACUCCGACUCCAUUGAAAUUGGAGACCACAUAGAAGUGCUGGAGGGCAAGCACGUAGGGAAACGCGGCGUCGUGGAUUGGUAUGCCAAGGGGUCAACUCAUCUGUGGUUCCGGGAUGUCAUCACUCAAGACGGCAGGGAGACCAGCUCUGAACUCUCCAGUAUUCGAGUCCCAGUAGCAAUGGUUCGGCGGACGAGCCUCACCUGCACCAUCCAGUACACAAAGGAUAAGGGUUACGAUGUCAGGCCGGGAGACGUCGUGACUGUUGCCCGUGGACCGGAGUAUCAGGCAAAAGGGGUUGUCCACAGCGUUGAUAUUCCAAACGCUCGUUUGACCAUACUAUGUGAUGGUGACCAAUCGCUCCUCUGCGUCCCAAUCAGAUUUGUGACUAAGAUACGCAACGCAUUCUUGGAUUCGUUCCGCAAUGAUAUCGGCCGGGAAGUCUUCGUUAUUGGGGGCGACCGGAAGGGCUACCGAGCCACACUCUACUCUCUUUCCUUGGAGACCUGUACUGUUGCUGUGCAUGGGCAACAGCGCAUCACACUCAAACUGCACGAAGUUGUUACCAGGCAUGGAAUGAAACUUAAUGGUGUGAUGCUCGAAGGCCUGGAGUUGGCCUCAUUCUGUGAAAUGAGGAGACGCUCGUACUUUGCGCCGCCACCUCGAUCCACCACCCCUCCCGUCGAAAAAGAAACAGUUCCUUCCAGUUCGUUGGUCUCUCUUACAGGUCCCAGCCCAUCGUCAUCCAACGUAUGGUCCACCUGGUCCGCAAGCUCCGAGGUUGAUAAGGCACGUGACGCCACGUUGAGCGUCAAUCCCACCUCAUCGACACACGACUCCUGGACUGUUGGCCAAGACUCCGAAGCGGAGAAAUUGCCGGACAGCGGCCCACUACUUUGGUUGAUGUCAAAAGAAUCUUCAUCGAAACUUUCAACAUAUCACAUGCUGUUGAAGGUGUCACCGAACUUCCUUCACGGUAGACUACACAAGCGAUUUGUAUCGACGGCUUGUCCCGAUCCAUUCUGCGGUGACAAUGGACCUGCGCCUGAGGGUUACGUCGCUGCAUUCUGCACAUCUAAUAGUGCAGGCGCUACAAUCGAACACCAUCAUAUCCCCGCCAGCGAUCUGAGCCCGGCUCAUCCACGCAAGAAAAACCAACAGUGCCUUGUUCUGGGCGGGGCUCACCGCGGGGCACUUGGAACUAUUGUGAAUUGUUGGGCGAAGAAAAAGACCGUUGACCUUAGGAUUAGCGCCGCUGUUACUAUUAAUGUGGGUUUCGAUCAGAUAUGUCUGGUGGAACCUGCAAAACAUAUGAGGUGA